AUGACUGUACACUUAUUUGGUGCAAUCUCUAGCCCAGCCUGUGCUAAUAUGGCUUUAAGGCAAGUCGUAAUAGACAAUCAGGGACUUUACGACGAUGAGGUAAUGAAAGCGAUUAGUAAAAACUUCUGUGUUGAUGAUUGCUUGAAAUCCGUAUCAACACCCAAAGAAGCUAUUGAUAUGAUCAAAGAUUUAAAGAGUUUAUGCAAAAGGGGAGGAUUUCAAUCAAGAGGCUGGAUCAGUAACAGCCAGGACGUAGUAGAAUCAAUUCCAGUAGAAGAUCGUAUACAUCAAAUAGACACAUUAGAUCUAGACAUACAUAAUUUACCCACGGAAAGGGCUCUUGGACUCGUGUGGUCAGUGGAGACAGAUAGUUUUGAGUUCAAAGUAAAUAUAAAGGAUAAAGAUUAA